GUUGCGGACCUGGGCGAUCAACGGCGUGUUGUGCCUCGUGUCCCUGGUCACCAGCUGCCUGUACCCCGUGCUGGUCGACCUCUCCAGGACCCGACCGCCACCAUGCUCGGGCCCGGCGGGGCUCGCAGACGCCGGCGGCUCCACCUACUGGUGCUGUCGGUCUCCAGGCCGAGGCGCUCUUCAACGUCGCCCUGGGCGUCCGGGUGGCGCCACGCAGGGGCCCGCGUCGUACAGGGUGCUGCUGAGGCAAGACACGCACCGGCUGAUGCUGCCCCUGACCGCAGUGUACUGCAUGGGCGACGUGGCCUCCCUCUGCGCCAUCGGGAAGGCGGCGGCUUGCUCUACACCGCGGUCGCCAAUUCCCGGCUUCUGUUCGCCGCGGCGGUCUCCCAGGUGUUGCUCGGGAGGCGGCAGACGCCGUGGCAGUGGACGGUGCUGUCGGGGAUCUGCCUCGCCACCGUGGCGUACGCCUCCCUCGGAGCAAGCGGCAGGUCUGGCGCGGCCGACGGGCCUGGCGGCCUCGGGCAGGCGGCCGCGGGCACGCUGCUGGCCCUCUGGAAGGCGCUCGCCUCCGGCCUCGCCGCCGUCCUCACGGAGAGCAGGUACAAGCAUUUGGACCUUUGGCAGGCGAACACGCUGCUCAAGGCCCAGAGCCUCGCGGUGGCGCUGGCGGCAGGCGCGCUGCGCGCCGCCGCCGUGGAGGACACGGACACGCCCCUGUGCCCCAGCGAGCCCUGGUGCGUCGACCGCCGGGGCUGGGACUGCUGGACGUGGGGGGUCCUCACCACGGAGAUCGGAGCCGGGUGGCUCUCGGUCGCCGUGUUGACGCGCAUGUCGGCGGUCGCCAAGUUCAUAUGCAAGACCGCCACAGCCCCGUCCAUCUACCUGUUCUACAUCGCCACCGGCUUCCGGGACGUCCGCUUCGAGCUGCGCAGCUUCCUCGCGGUGCUGGCGAUCGCCGCCGGCAUCCUGGCCUACACGCGCUUGGAGGCUCUGCGCAGGGCCACGGAGGCCAAGUGGGUGGACGAGUACACCCCUGGGCCCUCUCGGCCGGCGCCUGCGGCCCUCCCGCGGCGCAAGUGA